ACACACACACACACUCAUGCUAUCUACAUGAUAGUUGUAUAAUGUAGUGUAGACUUCAAGACUGCUGUAAUUUUAAAUUCUACCAGGUCUAUAGGAGAAUAUUUAUAUAUAGGAGAACACACUUGUAACCCAGGAUUACCUCAGAGAUCAGAACAGACAGGAGUUUAGAUAUGCGUAAUAUGCGUUCAAGAGAUGAUGGUUCACCAGAAUGCGAAUACGUAAAUUGGGAGAAACCCCGGAAUACCAGGAACGUAGACAAGCAGGAUCCUCAAUGCUCAGGAGGCGAUACAGCAUGGAGCAGAUGUUCCAGGUUGAUGGCAGUGUGUGCAGCGCUGCUGUGUGUUCUCCUGCUGAGCAUCGCUAUACUGCAAUCAAUAAAACUCAACAACAUGACCGAGGAAAGAGACCGGUUGCAGAUCAGUUAUGACAACAUGACCGGAGAAAGAGACCGGUUGCAGAUCAGUUAUGACAACAUGACCGGAGAAAGAGACCGGUUGCAGAUCAGUUAUGACAACAUGACCGGAGAAAGAGACCGGUUGCAGAUCAGUUAUGACAACAUGACCGGAGAAAGAGACCGGUUGCAGAUCAGUUAUGACAACAUGACCGGAGAAAGAGACCGGUUGCAGAUCAGUUAUGACAACAUGACCGGAGAAAGAGACCGGUUGCAGAUCAGUUAUGACAACAUGACCGGAGAAAGAGACCGGUUGCAGAUCAGUUAUGACAACAUGACCGGAGAAAGAGACCGGUUGCAGAUCAGUUAUGACAACAUGACCGGAGAAAGAGACCGGUUGCAGAUCAGUUAUGACAACAUGACCGGAGAAAGAGACCGGUUGCAGUUCAGUUAUGACAACAUGACCUCGGAGAGAGACCAGCUUCAUGCUGAGAGAGAUAAACUGCAGAAGAUGUUGAAUUAUGGCUUCCAGCAGUGUCUGAGAUAUUUCAUCACAAAGCGCAUGGACUGGAAUAAGACUAGACAGGAAUGCAGAUCGAAAGGAGCCGACCUUGUGAUCAUCAACAGCCGAGAAGAACAGGAGUUCCUCAGUCUGACAGUUCCCGGUGAGGCUUGGAUUGGUCUGAGUGACAGUGCUGAAGAAGGGAAGUGGAUGUGGGUGGACAAUACAAACAUGACCACAGGAUUCUGGUGGCAAGGAGAACCUAAUAACUACGAGCAAAAGGAGGACUGCGCUGCAACUGGCAGCAAAUUUACUCAAGAUAAAAUUACAGCAUGGGCUGAUUAUCCCUGUGAAAUGGAAUUGCGUGCUAUUUGUGAAAUGAAGAGGAUUACCUCAGAGAUCAGAACAGACAGGAGUUUAGAUAUGCGUAAUAUGCGUUCAAGAGAUGAUGGUUCAACAGAAUGCGAAUACGUAAAUUGGGAGAAACCCCGGAAUACCAGGAACGUAGACAAGCAGGAUCCUCAAUGCUCAGGAGGCGAUACAGCAUGGAGCAGAUGUUCCAGGUUGAUGGCAGUGUGUGCAGCGCUGCUGUGUGUUCUCCUGCUGAGCGUCGCUAUACUGCAAUCAAUAAAACUCAACAACAUGACCGAGGAAAGAGACCGGUUGCAGAUCAGUUAUGACAACAUGACCGGAGAAAGAGACCGGUUGCAGUUCAGUUAUGACAACAUGACCUCGGAGAGAGACCAGCUUCAUGCUGAGAGAGAUGAAUUUGAAAACAUGUUGAAUUAUACCAUCCAGCAGCGUCUGAGAUACUUCACCACAAAGCGCAUGGGCUGGAACGAGGCAAGACGGGAAUGCAGAUCAAGAGGAGCCGACCUUGUGAUCAUCAACAACCAAAAAGAACAGGAGAACCUCAGUAAGAUGUUUAUUGGUGAGGCUUGGAUUGGUCUCAGUGACAGUGCUGAAGAGGGGAAGUGGACGUGGGUGGAUGGUACAAAAAUAACCACAGGGUUCUGGUGGCAAGGAGAACCAAAUGACUACGAUAGAAGGGAGGACUGCGCUGCAACUGGCAGCAAAUAUGCUAAAGCUGAAGUUACGACAUGGGCUGAUUAUUCCUGUGAAACUGAAAUACAUGCAAUUUGUGAAAAGAAGGCAAAUGAUUAGAGCAGAAAUCUCUUUUAACUCAAAAAUACCUGUAUUUUGUUCAUCUGUUUCUUAUUCAUUUUAACCAAAAUCAGCUAGUAAAAACAUAAAAAGUAAAAAUGUUGCAGAGCAGUGAUGAUUUUUUUAAAGGAAAUAAUCUGAAAUCAAUAUAAUCAAAUACUGCAAACAAAAUGAAAGGAAAGGGAAAGAAAAGGGAGAUAAUGGCCUACCUACCAUUCUGGUCUACCUACCUAAUUUUGCUUGGUUUUCUCAAUAAAUGAUGAAUUGAUAUUAA